UUGUGAGAGGAGCGACGACGGAGCUGUCAAACAGCAACAGUCCACUGAAAUAUUAUCGCGGGCGGUACAGAAAAAGACAACAUCGCACUUUGCUCCUCGGUGCACACACGGACGAUAGUGGCGGAUUUUGAUGAUACUUCCCGGACUCUCCCUUCUCGAGUGGAGGUUUUUUUUGUGUCGUCGCGUCGAGAAACUUCUCGUGCGUUUGAAGGGUCUCGGGCUAACCUCUGUUAGCUCCGUGCGCAGCCGGAGUUUUGUUGACAAACGAGCCCGUCUGAACGGUCUCUGUCUGCUUUUCUGUUCCUACAAUAAAUGCCUGUCGCCGACGGAAUGGAUCCCAGUUCGGGCUAUUCGUGCCAACUCUGUGAAAUAAAACUAGGUCUCCAAAGACUCCCCAUACCUCCGUCAAGCAUUUGAGGAGCUUUUUUACUUGCUGGUCUCCUACAUCAGAAGCUGUGAGGAAGUAGUCUGCAAGAACCUUAUGGGAUCCACCCAGCGUUUCUUCCCACUGGCGCCCUAAACAAAAUUCAAACGGACUCUCCGUGUAUGUGUGGGUAUGUGUGAGAUGUUUCCUCCCAGGACGUAAACUGAGAACGCGCUGUGUUGCCGUAAAGGCCUGGGCACCGUCAACAGAACCCUGUUGUCUUGUCAUGUGGGUACACUGCGGAAAAAGGCCCAGAUUACCCUCACUGGCACCGGAAGCUUUCACUUCACCAUGGAUCGAAAUAAACGCAACUCCAUCGCCGGGUUCCCCACUCGCCCUGAGCGCCUCGGCGAGGACAGAGACAGUGUGGGAGGGCCAGGGCUGUGCGAGAUCGGCAUGGGCCCACCGUCGCAGGCGGGCCGGGUGUGGCCGUCGUCCUACCGAGCCCUCAUCAGUGCCUUCUCCUGCCUCACGCGCCUGGAUGACUUCACCUGCGAGUGGAUCGGCUCGGGAUUCUUCUCUGACGUCUUCAAGGUUCGACACCGAGCGUCGGACCAAGUGAUGGCUCUGAAGAUGAACAAGCUCAGCAGCAACAGAGCCAACAUGCUGAGAGAGGUCCAGCUGAUGAACCGCCUCUGCCAUCAGAACAUACUCAGGUUUAAAGGAGUGUGUGUCCACGAAGGCCAGCUGCACGCUUUGACAGAGUACAUUAACGGUGGGAACCUGGAGCAGCUUCUGGACAGCAACAAGCACCUGAGCUGGCUCACCAGGGUCAAGCUGGCCUGUGACAUCGCCAGCGGCCUGGCCUACCUGCACUCCAAGGGCAUCUUCCACCGGGACCUCACCUCCAAGAACUGCCUGAUCAAAUGUGACGACGGCGGCUACACGGCGGUGGUGGGAGACUUCGGCCUGGCAGAAAAGAUCCCCACCAGUCUUGCUGAAGGAGAGAAGCUGUCAGUGGUCGGUUCUCCUUUCUGGAUGGCCCCAGAGGUGCUGCGAGACGAGCUCUACAAUGAGAAGGCCGACGUCUUUUCCUAUGGAAUAGUGCUUUGUGAAAUCAUAGCAAGGAUCCAGGCCGACCCUGACUUCCUCCCGCGCACAGAGAACUUCGGCCUGGACUAUCACACCUUCCAGCACAUGGUUGGAGACUGUCCUCCGGACUUCCUGCAGCUGGCCUUCAACUGCUGCAAUAUGGAUCCUAAGCUCCGCCCGUCCUUCCCGGACAUCGUCCGGCACCUGGAGGAGAUCAUCGCCCGUCUGAAAGUUGAGGAGAUGGAGCAGGAGUGCGUCCCUCUCGGUGGAGAAAACGACAAGAAGCCUAAAGGUGAGAAGAUCCAGGCCUUCAAGCGGCUCAACCCUCUGGGUUUCCAGAAUGAUAAGAUCCCGCCCAAAUCGCCGCGUCCCAGACGGAACAUCUGGCUCAGCCGCAGCCAGUCGGACAUCUUCUCCUGCAAGCCGGGCCGGAAGGUCAACGUGCCGGACCCGCACUACCACCCGCCCGUCGUCCAGCGGCCCUCCAAGGCCCGCAAGGUCAACCCCUUCACGGCGCGGGAGGACCUGUGCGGCGGCAAGAUCAAGUUCUACGACGUGCCCAGCAAGUCGGUGUUCUCGCUGGUGUUCGACCUGCACUCGCCGCCGGGCAGCGCCUUCAGCCCGCAGCCGCCCGCGCACGGGCCCGGGGCCGCCCAGCAGGAGGCGUCGUACUACUGGCAGCAGCUGCCCGGCAGGCAGUGCCACUCCCUGCCCGUGUCGCCGCAGCUGCCCCGCUCCGAGAUCUUCCACCUGGCGGCGGCCGCCGGCGCCGCCACGUCCAACGCCGCUCAGCUGUCCGCCGCCUUCCCAGCGCCUACCUCCCGGUUCGACGCCGGCCAGCUGGGGAGCGACGCCCGGCAGCGGGCGGCGCUGAGCGGCUGGGCCAAGAAGUACGUGGUGGUGGAGAUCCCGCCUUACUGCAGGCAGAGAGGAGGGGACGGCCAGGCGGACCCGUCCGGGCCGAGCUGGCCUCCCACGCUCCCCGGCGGCGAGACCAUGGACUGCACCGGCAGCCUGGAGGACGAGGCGGAGAGGGAGAGGCCGGUCCACGUCUGUCCCAUGUAACGCAGAGACGGAGGAGGCGGCGGGGGAAACGGACGGAACGGUCUCAGACAUGGACUCCUGGAUGUGAGACAAACAGGCGGUGGAGGCAGAUUGAAUACAUUUCAGAGAGUUUCAGAGGAAAAACAAGCACUUGACCUUUAUCUUUCGAGUGAGUGUAUGAGCUGUGAGUCCAGUGGAGCACAGCGGCGGAGAUCUGCAGCGCCUUUUCAGAGCGGCGGUCCCGGAGCCGCCCUCCUUCAGCACAGAGAGCUUUCAGUCACAUGAUGGAAACUGCAUAGAGAUUAUUUUUCUGAAGAGGUUGUUUAUAUUUAAUAUUGUGAGAUGUAGAUUUUCUGUCUUCUGUUCUUGGAAAGUUUCUCAUGUUUCAGCGUCUCGUCCGUGAUGAGGGGGAUUUAAGAUCCCUUCUGUUGUUUGUUGUGUGACUUUAAAACUCAAAAGUAAAUUGACAGACAAAGAAAAGGACACAUUUUUCUCCGUGAUGAGAACAUGCUCUGAUCUUGGGAUGAUCAUUUCUACUUCAGGUGCCUGAAAGAAAAAGAAAAAAAAAAAAACUUUUCUAGACCGUUGUUUAUGUUCAGCCUCCCUAGAAUCAAUAGAGGAUUUUAGUAAAUUAUUUUUUCAGCCAGUCUUUUCCACUGGAGUCAGAGGAAGGUUUCCCAAGCAGCGAGAUAUGAGUUUGUGCAGAUCAUUCCACUCAACUGAAAAUACUGACGUGAGAUUAUAUAUCCAGUAAUGCAAUCGCUUGCAGUUCAUCCUUCAACUGUUGGACCUGCUCUAUCGGUUCUUUAAAGGAUCACGCCCUGUCGCUCUCUCAAGAGAAAGAAAACAACUUUUUGAAGAAGUUCUUCAUGUGAUCGUCGACACAUGAAGUGUAAAGUCUGAUGUUUUCUUUGAGAUGUUGAAUCCUGAACUCACAUCAGAGGUAAACGGAUGUUUUUCCCUCCAAAAUAAGACCUUGUACAUUGUUGUAUUUUGAUUUUAAAGUUGCUGCUGCAAUUCGUGUGGCAGUGUUGAUUCUAUAAAACAGUCCGUCCAUUAAAAACACGAAUCAGCGAAAAAUGUUUCACUCUGAAUAGAUUCCAGUGGAGAGCGGCGUGCUCUGCUGGUAGAGCGUCCUGCAUUUCCUCCACAACGUUUCCAAAUGCCAAAACGCCCAGUGCAAAACCUGCUCUUCACUGUUUUGCAUUCUUAUAUAUAUAUAUAUAUAUAUUUUUAAGUGAAAUUAUAAUUGGAGCAGCUUAAAGUACCACUGAAGUUCAGUGUUCGACAAAUGCAGCUGUAUUCGAGCAACUUGAAGCAGAAGUUUUUGAGUUUCGAGUUUGAACCACAUUUCUAAUCUCCGCACAUCCCUCCUAGUGAGUAGUAACGUUUGGUUAAACAUGGGCUUCCUGGUGUUUGUUUGUUUCAUGAUAAGAUGUAGUUGUUCAUGUCUGUCGGGAUCCACAUGCAAUAAAAAGCACGACCGUUCUCCUGCAAGAGAGAUCAUUAGAAAUAUCCGGUACGUCGCACCUGUUACACUCAUGGUUUUUUGCACUAAAGUUUAUUUCACUAUUUUACAGUUAAAGAUGUGUCAUAAAAACAGUAUAUCCCUUUCACUCUCCAGAUGUUCUCUCUUUUUUAAAUCCUUACAUUGAAAGGAAGACAUCCUGCUGGGAAAAAGCUCCAGAGAAAGCAGCAGCUGCUUCAAGUUCCACCAAAAUGUUGUAUUUUUCACUCGGUAGCACGUCGUUUAUGGGUUUUCACUGUUUUCUUCAGUACUAAUUAACACAGUUGUUGAAGUGUCUGAGAGCAGUUUUGGAUGAAGUGAUGAAGUGUGUGACCUCCGGCACUCCCUCUAACUGAUCUGAACUAAACCACACCUGUACGGUGACGACACACACGGCGCUCGCUCUUCAUCACUUCUCUAUGCAACUUUCAUCGGUUUUGCAGGAUAAAGGAUCGAAUUUGAUAUUUAUGCAAGGAAAAACAUGAAAUGUCUUACCUUUGUAUAUUUGUGUAAAAA